AAACAGACACACCACAACACAGGCACGUCAGGCACUCAGGAGGAGAGGGACUCGGAGGCAGACAGACGGGCGCACAGCUCAUCAGCAGUAGAGCAGUCAAACAGGGGCAGGACUUUCCUGUGUGCACACUUAUUUGGUCAGGGAAUUUAUAAAGAGAUAUGGAUUUCAUCCUGCCACCCACUCUGCCAGCCGGUGGUAUCCCAUGGGAGAAGGUCUUGCCACCUCUUAUUCCACGGCUGAAUGGGACUUAUGGACAGUACAAGUGGUCCCCAAAGUUGCUCAUCCCAGAGACUGAUAACACCAGCUCUGCAGAGGUGAACUGUGAUGACAGCGGCUUCACAGUUCAAGUUGAUGUAAAGGACUUCAACCCGGAGGACCUAAUGGUCAAGGUGAUAGGAGACUUUGUGGAAGUGCAGGGAAAGCAUGAAGAGAAGAAGAAGGAUGGUCCAGGCUUUACCACAAGACAAUUUAACCGGCGUUACCGGAUCCCGAAGGGGGUGCACACCAUGGCUUUGGAGUCAGCGGUCUCUCCAGAGGGCGUCCUGAUCAUAUCUGCGCCGAUGCUGCAAACCCAGAACUCCAGACUCCUGAAUUGAUCACAUUAGCACCCAAAACACUCAAAUAUCUGCCAUCUUCACUAUGUAUGAAAACAAAUCCAACAGAACUCACGGGCUUGAACAGAAAUAACUCCAGGCUCUUCCAGUUACACUCCACGUCUGCCAAAACACACAUUUGUUGUGCUCCUGGCACUGUUCUAAUAUUCCCUGCUCCUUGAGGUUUGUAUAUACCGCCCUGUUAUUGCUCAUCAAUCUUACAUAAUGUUUCAUGGAACCAGUCUUUGUAAAUAUUCUGCGUUCACAGCUCAAACUGCUGCUUGUCUUUUGUUUGUUUUUUAGUGCAACUUUUGUAAAAUGCACUGUAUUGUGAUUGUGUUUAAUGAUGCACACAGACAUAUCUCCAAACUCUUUAAUGUGGAAUUAUUUCUUCAAAAAAUAAACUUUAUUUCUUUAUAAAAUAAAAU